GCAGUAGAGACACUCUCAACCUACCGAGGGCACAUGAAGAAGACUAUUAAAGUUGUUUGUUGGAGCUGAGCCGUUAACACUGUAUUAUUGAACGGGACUAAAGCUAUGUAAAUCUCGUAUCGCUGCUAUUUGUAUCAAAAAGGCAUGAACCGCAAACGGGCUCUGAUUUCAGACACUUUCAAGAUAAAGAAAAUAAGAAAUGACGCUGAGAAGUUUGGAGCUGUCCGUGAAAGAGAUGGACCAACUGAUAUCAGAUCCACCCUCGAGUACCUCAUGACACUGUUCCCCAGGAAGCUUUUCAAUGACACUUUACCUCAAAUUGUUCUGAAGCACCAGCUCUACAGCAUACACCAAGACAAGACUUUGGUGGACAAGGAGCUAAAUAAACUGCGGGAACAAGGAGAGCUGCUGAUGUUCCAGCUGGGGUUUGAUUCAGAAGCUUUUGGGCUGAUUUUCGCUUCAGAUUACAAGGCCAAAGUGCAGGCUGGAGAGGAAGGCAGAGAGACAAGAGCUACAGUGGAAAAGUUCUUGGAUAAGGUGGUGUCCUCCUGCACAGAUCUGAGCUUCAGCAAGGACAAGAUGCUCAAAGAGUUCCUCUUCUCAGACACAGAAAUAACGCAGCUGGUUAAGUCGGGGGUCCUGACUGUGAGGGACGCAGGCAGCUGGUGGCUCUCCAUUCCCAACUCUGGCAAAUUCACCAAGUACUUCUUACAAGGUCGCAAAGCUGUGCUCGGUAUGGUGAAGAAGUCCAAAUAUAGCGAGGUCUUAAAGGCAGAACUGGAGGAGCGACGAACAACCGUUCAAGUGAAAUUCCACAUGAAAUACCACAUCCACGACAUUGUUGGUGCAGAGCUGGUAGAGAGCAUAUCGACUACAUCAGGGACAUUGUUGAGAUUUGUUGACUCCUGAGCCACCACCACAAGACAGAGUGAUUGAAGUCUGAAGAUUAAGAAUAAAUUACAUGUACAAAGAUUGUUUGUAAAAUAUCUGCCACUGAAUUAAUUUAAGUUUUCAGAAUUUUAUUCUGUGCCAAAUGUAUUAAAUAAAACCUUGUGGGUUUAUGAAUUGUCAAAUGUUGACCUGAUCUUGCCAGGUUUUUGAUUUGUCUUGAAAUAAAGAUGGUCUUUUCC